AUGGAGCUGUCACGAAAUGAAAACAAGCCCGUCUGGGUAUACAUCAUCUUUCGCAAAAAUCACUGCUCAGGUUUUUUUUUAGUUUCUUCCUGCAAUCAAGAGCGUUUUCUCUUAUAAGACUUGUGAAGACACUAGUGCUCUCAGGAAAAUUGCCAAAUAAAGCGAAAGUUGGAAAAAAAAAGGGUUACGGUGCUCAGCCAAUUUUCGAGCUUUUUCUUCUGCUCAGUUCGUGCUUGACGAGCCGGGAAAUGACUUUUUUGUUGACGCUCUUCAAAGGUGAUUACGGUAGUUGACCGAAUCGAGGAGCUUUGGGUGUGUUCUUUGUUAAAUGUUUCUGUCUGGAAAAAAAAUUAGAUUUUCUUGGAUGAGCACGUAAACAUCUUUCGUUGAUCAACUCUUGGAUCAAAUUCUUCCCGAGAACCAUUUACAAAUCAAAGAACAUUUGGAUAAUAGUCACGGGUCAGAAAAAGGAAUUACUAAUAAAAACGUUUUAAGCUUCAUCCUUCAGAACUCUUUAUUAAAAAAACCCUUUGAAAAGCAUUUGAAAAAAACGCUUCAAGAAGUUUCUGAAAAAAACUUUAAACUUUUUUUCGAGAAAAUGAUGUUUUGAUUGAUACUCAAAAAAUGAAUUGGGUAAUCAAAAAGGGAUUCUGGUAAAACUUUGAAAAAAAUUUAACCAAAAAGCAAAAUCAUCUUCCUCGGGAGAAGGUGUUUGUCAUCUACUCGAGAAGCUCAGAAAAGCAUCAUUCAUUAUUCCAGGUCACGAAAAAAUGACAGUAAACAUUAGUUUCGAUGGGCCGGUGUUUUGGAACCGGCAGGUAGCCUACAUCUACUGCUGCUCUUGUCAUUUCGACGAACAUGAAGUAGGUUUUUUCCUUCUUUCAGGAGUCAUUGAAAAUUCAUGGGUUUUUGAAUUAAUCAACGCUGCUGCAACACUGACGAAAAAAACUGAUUUUGGAGUCUGUUCGAAAAAAUGCUCUAAUAGGCAACUUUUUUGAAGAAGAAAAACUCUUUUCGAGUAUUGGAGUAGAUAGUUUUUGUUUCAAGUAGGCUUUCAAGUUUUUUUUUUCCUUUUUUGACUUCAGAAUGGAUUCCGGGAGGGCUUUUCCCAAAUGACUCUAAAAGAGUUUCAAGCUGGCCCCAUUUUUUUUUUUGCUUUGGUUGAGAGGAAAUGCGAACUUCCCGGAACUUCCUCGUCUUUCUUGCGUCAUAGGGUGUACUCCAAAUAAAAAAAGCUUGAAAGUUUUUGCAGAUAUUUCGAAGCAACUCUCACAAUUUUGUCGAGAAUGCAGAGAAAAAAAUUUUGUUUUCUUUCUCGUAAUAUGGAAUGAAUUUUCAGGCACCAUUGAUGGCGAUUCUCGAGAAGUUCGAACAGCGGGUUGAACGUGUUUGUUUGGUAGACAAACCUGUUGAUUAUCCUUUUCUACCUGAUACUCUUUUCUCAUACAUGGCUAGAAAGAUGCCGAAGUUGCAAGUUUGUCAGACCAGAAAAAUAAACUAUGGUGGUUUUAUAUUACAGUUCAUUUAUCUACGAGAGUUGGAUUUGGAAAAAAUCAAUAGAGGGACGGUAGUAGAGCUGGCUAAUCACAAAAACCUUAAAAAGGUGAGUUUAAAUUAUAAUAAUACCUCAGUCUUGUCAAAAACUUUCAUAAAAACUUUCAAGAUUAAGCUUUCAAUUUUUUAUGGAACGCAAAAAUUUCAACGCAAUUUGCGAAAAAUAGUUUUAUCGUCAGGUUUUCACGGUUUCUUUUUUAUUGCAGAACAACUUAGAACAAGCAUUUGGAAUAUAGUUUGAAGUGAUAAUUUUGAGGUUAUUGUCCACUUCUGUCGAAACUACGAAGUCCUUGAAGACUUCCGCAACCUCCCCCAACUGCUGGUUGUGAAAGGAGACAUCGUCGGGCUCAAGGCUAGUUUUGAAAGAAAACAUUGAAAAAGUACUAUAGAUAAUAUGAGGUGUAUUGUAAUCACUAAGGAAGUUCAAAAAUACAAGUUUUGAGAAUGCGCUCGAAAUUGGCUCACAGGGAAGAUUUUCUUAUUGUCUGAAGUUUUCUAGUAAUUUGAGUGAUUGUUAACAAUCUCAAAAACACGUUCCAGCCUAAUUCAGGAAAGUCCUCUAAAUUAUUGACUUAUUCUUUGUUUUCUAUUGAAAAACGCAGCCGGAAUUUUUCAGGCGAUGCUGGGUGAUUUCGACUUUCCUCCACCUUCGUCGACAGGCUCAUCAAACGGAACGGACUCCAGUGGACCAUCUUCCAUCAGAACUUCUUCUUCACCUGUUCCAGUCUCCAAUAGGAGUUAA